CCCUUCAAACUCCCUCCUGGCUGGCCCGAGAGCAGCAUGGGGCCUGGGCUGGCCUGUGGGGAGCGAGAAAUCGGGUCCUAAACGCUGGACUCCGGACUCCUAGGAGGCAUGGCUGACUCCCCCUGGGAGGGCAAACUGGCCCGGUCUCUGGACUUCACCCAGCUGGCUGACCUGGCGUCUGAGUCUGUAGGCGGAAAGAUUUUAUUUGCAACAGAUGAUUUUUUUGCUCCUGCGGAAAACCUCAUAAAGAGGGAAAGACCGAGCUUCAGAGAAGAUGAGUACACGGAGUUUGGGAAGUGGAUGGAUGGAUGGGAGACCAGAAGGAAGAGAACUCCAGGUCACGACUGGUGCAUCAUUAAGCUCGGGAUACAAGGGAUUAUCCGCGGCUUCGAUGUGGACAUUUCUUACUUCACGGGAGAUUACGCUCCUCGGAUAUCAAUUCAAGCAGCAAAUUUGGAAGAAGAUAAAGAACCACAGAUGCCAGAGAGAGGAGUCAGGUUGGGGGCCACGGCCACGCCGGCGGAGUUUGAGGCUGUUGCUGAGCUAAGGUCCAACGACUGGAAUUACUUGGUUCCCAUGACAGAGCUUAAACCAGGAAAGCCUGCUUCCAGCCACAAUUAUUUUCCUGUCAAUUCCCAGCAGAGAUGGACUCAUAUAAGACUCAACAUUUUUCCGGACGGUGGGAUUGCACGUCUCAGAGCGUACGGUAGCGGACAGAAGGACUGGGCCACAACUGAUCCGAAGGAACCGUUUGAUCUCGUGGCCCUCGCUCACGGGGGCGCCUGCGUGGGAUUCAGCGAUGCACACUUUGGGCAUCCAAACAAUAUGAUAGGAGUUGGCAAAGCUAGGUCUAUGGCUGAUGGCUGGGAGACCGCAAGAAGACUGGACAGGCCACCGGUAUUAGAGAAUGACAAGAACGGUAGUCUCCUUGUUACGGGUUGUGAAUGGGCAGUCUUCCGGCUGGCACACCCUGGAGUAAUAACUCAAAUUGAAAUCGAUACAACAUAUUUUAAAGGCAAUUCUCCUGACAGCUGUAAGCUGGACGGCUGUAUCCUGACGACUCAGGAGGAGGAAGACAUGAUCAAGCAGAGGUGGGAGCUUCCCGGACAUAAGUGGAAACCGCUGCUUCCAGUCACGAAGCUGUCCCCCAACGAAAGUCACCUGUUCGACAGCCUGACCCUGGAGCUCCAGGACGUCAUCACGCACGCCAGACUCACCAUCGCCCCGGACGGGGGCGUGAGCCGCCUGCGCCUCAAGGGUUUCCCCAGCUCCAUCUGCCUCCUGCGCCCCCGGGAGAAGCCCAUGAUGAGGUUCUCCGUGAAGGCGGGCUUCCGAGCCAACCUCUGAGUCCGCGCGGCCGUGCGUGGCUACGGAAGCGCUCCGUCGUAUUCUUCUCUUGAAGUGUGUUUAACACCUGAAACUUCAGAGGUUUCUCGCAAUUAAUCUUUUUAAGAUCAAUAGAAUUCCUAUGAUUUAAUAAACUGGUCACGCUCACA